CGACUGCGAUCGUCAAACACGCGUCCACCGACCACGCUCACUUCAGCACAGGAGCACCGGAGCCCCUUCGAAUCGCCCCGGAACCACCGUCAAAAUGGUCGUCACCAAGGUCGGUCAGUGGAGUAACGUCGAGGAUGAGGUGCUCAAGGCGGCCAUCUCGAAGUAUGGCCUGAACCAAUGGGCGCGAUGCGCCUCGCUGCUCGCAAAGAAGACGGCCAAGCAGUGCAAGGCGCGAUGGAACGAAUGGCUCGAUCCGUCGAUCAAGAAGACGGAGUGGUCGAGGGAGGAUGACGAGAAGCUGUUGACCAUGGCCAAGCUGCUGCCGACCCAAUGGCGCACUAUCGCCCCGAUCGUCGGCAGGACCGCGACACAGUGCUUGGAGCGAUACCAGAAGCUGCUCGACGAGCAGGAGUCGAGGGAGAGUGGAGACCUGGGGCUGGCAGGUCCAGAAGGCGGAGAGUCAGCGGCACCCACCGCCGACGAGGUUCGAAGACUGCGCCCCGGCGAGGUCGAUGCAUACGCGGAGAGUCGACCUGCUCGUCCUGACGCGAUUGACAUGGAUGAGGAGGACAAGGAGAUGCUUUCUGAGGCACGCGCGCGUUUGGCCAACGUCAGCGGCAAGAAGGCGAAGCGAAAGGCGCGCGAGAGGCAGCUGGAUGAGUCUCGCAGGCUCGCCCUGCUCCAGAAACGCAGAGAGCUCAAGGCAGCGGGUAUCAACAUCAAGAUCACGCCGAAGAAGGGCAACCACAUUGACUACAACGCCGACGUGCCGCUCGAGAAGGAGGUUCCUUCAGGCUUUUUUGAUACCGUCGAAGAGCUGGACCACAAUGAACGGCAACGAGAGGCCUACGACCCACGGAAGCAACAACUUGCCAACAAGCGCAAGGCGGACCAACAGGACGAUGGUGGAGAGAGCAAAAAGAAGAAGAAAGAUGAGAAGGCAGGAGGGCUUGCAGCGUCGUAUGCGAAGGCUGCGCAGAUGCAGAGAAUUCGGGAGGCGGAGCAGAGCAGCAAACGACGCGGACUGGUGCUGCCGGCACCGCAAGUCGGCGAAGCUGAAAUGGAGGAUAUCGUCAAGAUGGGCAUGUUAGGAGAGCGAGCUGCCUCUGGGAGUAACAGCGACAAUCUCGCGACACGGGGCUUGGUGGGCAACUACUCGAGCAUCACCAGCAGCACCCCGAUCCGCACACCGAUGGCGCCGAAGGAGGAGGACACGAUUGCGAACGAAGCACGAAAUGCCCGUCUACGAACAGAAACCCAAUCGGCGUUGCUGGGAGGUGACAAUCCCGACUUCGAAGAGGAAGAGGCUCCGGCGUCGUUAUCUGCUCCCUCCACACGGCACCAGAUAGUCACACCAAACCCCCUCGCAACACCAUUCAGGCAGGGAGUGGGCGCGACACCCAUGCGCCAAGGGCCAGGAGCGACACCAAUGCGCACACCACGUGAUACAUUGCGGUUGAACGGCGAGGAUGGCGCCAUGCAGCUAGUUGGCCAGACACCACGCGACAUUAGACAACGAGAGCAGGCCAAGCGAUCGGAUCUGAGAAGCAGACUCGCGGCCCUGCCCAAGCCGAAAGAGGAGAGCUGGGAGUUUGAGCUCCCCGAUGAAGCCGCAGAACCGCAGCCCAUGGAGCUCAGCGAGGAAGACGCCGCUGAACGGGACCGCCGCGCUCGCGAAGCAAGAGAAGCAGCCGAACGCGCCGAAUUCGCCCGCCAAACACAAGUCGUCCAACGAUUUCUCCCCCGCCCAUCAGUCGUCGACAUUGACGUCCUUAUGAAACGCGCGCUCAACAUCUCAGACCCGUUUGAGCGCGAAGUCGAGCUGGAAAUGGCGCAACUCAUCGCCCACGACGUGAAGAAGUUUGGUUCUGGUCAAGUCACAGGCACCGUAAAGCCACUGCAAAGGCACUCGGACGAAGCCCUGCGCGCCGCCAAAAUGGAGCUCGCACUCGAAUACGCGCUGCAAUCGUCCUCCGACAAGACCAAAUUCGCAGCAGACGUCACCGCCUCCUGGACCGCCCUGCACGGCUCCACGGUCCUCCCGGGCAUCGCAGGCUACGCCGAGGACGAAAUCGACGAGCACCAGCUCCUCGCCGAAGCCUUCACGGCCGCACAGGACGCCAUCGUCGACGCCGCCGAGCGCGCAAACAAGAUGGAGAAGAGCCUCGCCAAGCACCACGGCGGCUACAUCCAGCGCGGCAAGCUGCUGCGCACCAAGAUCGCCCAGGCCCACGCCGCGCUCGACUCGCAGCGCUGCGAUCUGAGCAGCCAGCGCGCGAUGAUGUAUGCAGAGCAGACGGCCAUCAGCCGCCGGCUGGAGAGUCUGAGGGAGGAGGUCUCGUUCGUGACGAGGCGCGAGAGGGAGGCGCAGGAGCUGUAUCGCGCGAGGCGGGACGAGCUGGAGGGGCUGCAGGAGCCGGUCAACGGCGUGCACUGAGGGGCUGUAGGGAUUGCAGGCGGGACUGUAGGGACUGCACGGCGAGGCUUGAUAUCCAUGUAUUCGUUCACAUUGCCUGGAAUUGGAAUUGGCAUGGGCCGGCGUUAGCACACUGUACGAUCAAGCAGUGAUUGUUGCACAUGCAUGGAAGGGAUGAUGGGUUUCAGGUCAUCAAUUGGAGGAGCAAUGGUUCUCAAAACAUACUUGAAAAGAACAAGUGAUUCUCAAAGCACAAUUGAACAGCACGAA